AUGGACAAUUGCAAUUCGGGCCUGUCAAGGACGGCUGAUGUGCCCAGAGGUCUGCAGGGGAAGAAAAAUGUCUUGAACUAUCAUCUUUACAGCGCAGUAGACGAAAUAAUGUGCCAUCGAGGUAUUAAAAAUGAGAUGCGAGACGGACUGAUAGGGUAUGGGUUCGAAUGUCUUCAGGUUGCUAUUCAGGAGUGGGUUCUGGGCAUCGAUAGAGACUUGAUAAAACAGUCUCGCAACUUCAGGCGCACUUUUAAAGAAGUCUUUGAUCGCGAGGAUCUAAUAUUGCUCAUUCGCGAGCUUGGUCUUGGCGAUGAAACCAGUGAUGAGGCGGAUGAGGCGUGGAUGAGGUGGGUUUGCGAUCUUGGCACCUGCACACGCAUUGUUCUCAUUCGUCAUAUUUGGCAAUAUCUUUAUAAAAAUAUUUUUGCCGAAAGAUACCCUAUCGGAGUUUCCGAAGACUCUAGAUCGACAUUUGAUGACAUAUUUUCGGUCAUGAAGAGUGGCCGUGAGGAUGAGAACACGAUUCUUCUAACAAACAAAUUGAGAUCAAACAUUGUCACGUUGCUGACAAAGAGCGAAACUUCUCAGCAGCGGAAAAAGCGCAGGGUUGGGGAAUUAUCGCGUGGACUAGCGAAAAGCUUUCCUACUCGUUGGAUCGACAUCAAAACGCUUGAACCGCACCUCAACACUCUUAAAAUCAAUAUUAUUCAGAACGCAGUUGGUCUACAUGAGUGCAUUGCGUGCUCUUCACACGAGUAUCUAUUCAUGAGCCCUGGAUCUCCCGAUUUGGUGCGAGGAGAGAUUCCAGAUGAACCCAAACUUUUGUCUUGGGAUCUCAAGGACACAUUUACAUGGCUAUCAAGUAACAGAGAUAUCGACGGUGUGCUUCAGUGCCUUUACCCUGGAUUAUACAGGCGGGGAAUGUUAGGUGAAGAGAACGUACUGGAGGCGCGCCCCGUCGUCCUUGUGUAUGGCCACAAAGGCCCCAAACCACCUGGAGGUCUUAAUCCUCAAGAAAGUAAAAAUAUUGAAAGAAAGGGUAUUCUCAGAGUUCGUCGCGAAAUGAAAGACACUGAUGAUACACUACAUCGAAGAAAAUGA